GCUCGACUUUAAUUACUCUGCACGAGGUAUUUUGAAAUCUACAGAAGAAGAAGAAAUGUUAUGCUACAGAAAAUUAAGACAAAUGGUGCCAGUUGCUCUUGUCAUACUGUUUGUGUGCAUUUAUGAAGUCAUCUAUCAAAACUCAUCAAAGUUGCAAGGUAAAAAUGCGCGGGAAUAUUACGCUUUGAAAGCAACAUUAGAUGCUGUAACUUUUAUCGGAAUGGAUUGUGGAAAACUUUGUGAAACAAAUGCUCAAGGAGUACCCGGACCAUACUUUGAUCAUAUAACUGUUCCAAUAGAUUGUCAAGCGCUCUAUAAAAAUGAAUACAUAGAUCGCGGUCAUAGCUUAUCUCAUGCCCCCAAAACAAUACCCAAAGAUCUGCAUAUGGACUUUACGAUGAACAACAGACUAAAGGUGUCAUCAUGGUAUUUUGAUGAUGAAGAAUAUUUGGGUAAUACUGCCAAACUGGCAGUUUGGACUGAGCAAAUAAUCGAGGAAUACAUUUCUUUGGCAAAAGACAACAAGUUAAAAGGAACGUAUGGAGUAUCAGAAACAAAUGCUUUACGAGACGGUUUAAAGCAUGCACCUGGCAUUAUGAAUGGUCGAGUUUUAGUUAUUGGUUCAGAACUUCCCUGGGUAGAAGCAUGCGCUUUGGAAGCAGGAGCACGCGAGGUUGUAACGUUAGAAUAUGGUAAAAUUGUUUCAAAACAUCCUAAAAUAAAGACAAUGAUUCCCGAUCAAUUUCGGAUAAGUUACUUAAACAAAACCUUAGGGAGAUUUGAUGCUAUUGUUACUUUUAGUUCAAUAGAACAUUCCGGGUUAGGCAGGUAUGGUGACGGACUAAAUCCCUGGGGAGAUAUCAUUGCCAUAGCUAGGGGAUGGUGUGUAACCAAGAAAGGUGGAUCGUUAACCAUUGGCGUUCCAUAUAAUUAUGAAAUGGAUUAUAUCAAAUUUAAUGCCGGUAGAUGGUAUGGAAAGAUAAGGUAUCCAUAUCUAACUACAAAUUGGAAACAGCAUUAUCGAGGUUACGGAGAACACUGCGUGCAUGUUUUUACAAAAAUCGAUGUAAAUUUUACAAGGCAGCUUGACCAUUACAGGCUGAAAAAACCACAUCCGUAUUUUCCUUCAGACACCAUUGAUAAACACUACUCGCAAGCACAUCAGGAUAAAACGGUGUAUCAAAUUUCCCGAAAGAAAAAUGGAUUCUUUAUUGAAAUGGGAGCAUACAAUGGCGAAGAAUUUUCUAACACUUUGUGGUUAGAACGAAAACAUAACUGGACUGGACUUUUAAUAGAAGCUAACCCAAAUCUUUGUCGUCAAAUAGAUGCACUGAAACGACAAGCGUGGCGUCUGUGUGCUUGUAUUUCAAAUAAAUUAAAACAAACUGAAUUCAUCCAGAGCGGAGCAAUAGGCGGCAUGGCGUCCGAAUUAGAUAAUGACCAGAUGAAGACGGUAGAAACUAAUCAAACAAUUUCAGUUCCUUGUUUUAAUAUGAUAGAAGUCAUGGAUAAGAUAGGCGUGCUACAUAUCGAUUAUUUUUCUUUAGACGUUGAAGGAUCAGAACUAACUGUUUUGGAUUCAAUAAGAAACGAACUCAUAUCCGGAAAAAUAGUGGUAGAUAUUUGGUCUAUCGAAUAUAGGACAUGGGAUGGAAAACAAAAUAUUAUAAAUAAGUCAUUCCAAAAAUUACAGAAUUUACGAGAUUUUUUUUUAAAUAUUGGAGGUUAUGCGGAACAUUCUCAGUUAAAUAAUGAAGGUGGUGAUAAUAGAGACGGUAUGGCAUUGGAUGUUGUGUUUGUUCGUACUUAAGACUUCAAUGCUUUCGAAACAGUGUGUUUGAUAUGAAUAUCAAGGAAAUGCAGUAUGUCUAGUUAUCAAUCCGCAUUCAUUUGAAAUUUGGAGCUGUAUAGUUGUAACAUUCACAAUCUUUUUUUCAUCUCAUUACUUUUAUAUUAGUUUUGAUUUAUGCAAACUGGGCAUUUCUAUUAUUGUAACAAUAAACCAAUUUUUGAGCCGU